AUGCAACAUCUUAAAUCACAAAGUAAAAGUUCUGAGUUUUGCAUAAAUUUAUUUUUAAAUCAGCAGUCAACACAACUUUUACAACAAAGUGGAAACGAUUUUAAAAUUGCACAAUUUCAAGGCCAUAAAAAUAUAAAUAAAUCGCAAAUCGUAAAAUGCUUCACCACCAGCUCAAAUAAUACACAGAAUCAUUUCAAAUUUUCCAUUAAUUCUUAG